UCUCGCUUUAACAUUCACGUUGUGUUGAGAGGGACGCAUCGUGGCGUGGCCGUGUGGCGCAUCAGUAUACUACGAGUUGAGUGUAAGGUCACAGUGUUUUAUCACGUAAACUGUUUUUUCCUUGUAUUUUCGAACUUUACCAUAUGAAAGACAUGAAAGACGAUCAGCUGCUUAUGAAAAAGUUCGUGAAGAUUGUAGAGGGAUACCCAGAGAUUUAUGACAACAGUUUAGACGGUUACAGAACAAGGCACGCUGAAUUGGCUUGGGAAAAGAUAGCUGACGACGUGCGAAGGGAACUCAAUGAAGAAUGCACAGUGGAGGAGUUAAAAGUGAAAUGGAAAGGUAUAAGAUCAUCAUUUAAUAGAUACAAAAACAAACUUUUGGGCCUCAAUACUGGUGCGUGCAAGAAAUAUUACCUAUAUGAUCAUUUACAAUUUUUGGAGCCAUUUACUCGACCGAAACUAAUAACAAAUCAAGAUCAAUCAGAUACAAGAAUAUUUGAAGACUGUUGUAACUAUACAGAAGCAAAUCAUAAUGAUUCUUCAAAUGAAUACAAUCCUUUAGAUGAUUGGGAAGCCGAUGUUAAACCAGAUGUUACUAAUAAGGAAUCUAAAGUAGAUAUCUUAGAAUUCUCAAGUCCUAGCCGUAAUCCAUCUAAAGAUUCUUCACAGACUGAUAAGAAAUCUAGAAGUGAAGAGGAUGAUAAUGAGGAUUUACAGUUCUUCAAAAGUAUAUUGCCAGAUAUCAAAUCUUUUACAACAAAGGAAAAAAGAAAAUUGAAAAUGGGGAUACUUCAACUAAUUGAUGACGUAGAGAAUGAUCGUAAAAGACACAAAACUGACGAGUAAAUAAUUAAUUAGCUGUAUGUUUCUAGAUUUAAGCGAAACCAGUAAAACUUAGAACAAAAUGUUUGGCUCAAUUUAAUUGUGAAUUCGACUAAUGUUAAAAGUUAAUGUUGUAUCUAAUUAACUGCCAAGUUAUUGGUAAAUUGCAAUUUGCCAAGCUGAUUAUAAUGACCUAUGUUAAUUGAUAUCUUCUUAUAAGAACUGACUAAACAUUAAAUUGUACAUACUCGUAAAAUGUAAGAAAUCUAUUUUGUUAUGGUGAUGAAUAAAUAUAAGAAUAUUCGUAUA